AUGAAUUUGACAAACUUCACAACAGAUGCACUUGAGGGCCUGUGUACUCAAGAGCAGUUAGACCUUCUGGAUUCCAUCGAUACGCUCCGAUCGCAAGGCAUCAGCCACUACGUCUCGCUCCCACAAAUAAUCGUAUGCGGAGACCAGUCUUCCGGAAAAAGCUCCGUUCUCGAGGCGAUAUCCGGCGUGUCCUUUCCAGUGAAAAGCAGUUUGUGCACUAGAUUCCCAACCGAGUUGGUUCUUCGGAAGAACUCGCAAGUGGGAGUUCGUGUUUCCAUUGUCCCUCACCAAUCGCGCAGUGACGCUGAGCAGCAUUCUCUCGGCAGCUUCUGCGAACAACUUGAUGGGUUCGAUGGCCUCGCAAACUUGAUAGAAAAUGCAAAGGCAGCAAUGGGGAUAUCCACCCACGGAAAAGCAUUUUCUAACGACCUUCUGCGGGUUGAAGUUUCAGGCCCUGACCGGCCACAUCUCACAAUUGUCGACCUUCCGGGUCUGAUCCACUCAGAAACACGACAGCAAUCGGCAGCCGAUGUACAACUAGUUCAGGACGUGGUUCAAUCAUACAUGAGGGAGCCACGAAGCGUUAUCCUUGCUGUCGUCUCCGCCAAGAACGAUUUUGCAAACCAGAUUGUCCUCCGUUUAGCGCGGGACGCUGAUCCAUCGGGCAACCGGACAUUAGGUGUCAUUUCCAAGCCUGAUAUGCUAGUCCCGGGAUCUGAAAGUGAGGCUUCCUUUGUGUCGCUUGCUAAGAAUCAAGAUGUAGAGUUCCGUCUUGGAUGGCAUGUGUUGAUGAAUAUGGAUUCUGAGAAAGGCCAGUGGAGCUUAUCCGAUCGGGAUAUUCAGGAAAGGAAAUUCUUCUCCCAAGGAAUAUGGGAAGACCUACCUCGAUCUCUCGUGGGUGUGGAUUCACUGCGAACCCGCAUGAGCAGCCUACUUCUUGGUCAGAUUGCCGGUGAACUUCCAAGCCUGAUCAACGAGAUAAAUUCCGGGAUCAAUUCCUGCAGGUCGCAGCUCCAGAAGCUUGGAGACCCUCGUGCAACAGUAGAUGAGCAAAGAUCGUAUCUUUUGCAUACCAGCCAAGCGUUUCAGUCUCUAGUCAAGGCAGCCGUGGAUGGCACUUACAACGAGCCUUUCUUUGGAGAUGCAAAGACUGAUGAAGGGUACCGGAAGCGCAUCCGAGCAGUCAUUCAAAAUCUGAAUCAGAAAUUCACAGAUAAAAUCUCCCACCGUGGCCAUUUUCACCAUGUCCUUGAAAGUGAAGAACCUAGGUCAAUCUCCAAACGUCAGCAGCUUCUCAAAAGAGAAGAAUACGUGCAGCACAUCGGAAUACUCCUCAAAAAGACAAGAGGCCGAGAGCUACCUGGCACUUUUAAUCCUUUGAUCGUUAAGGAUCUAUUCCAAGAACAAUGCAGCCCAUGGGAAGACAUAACACGCGGCCAUAUUACUGCCGCGUGGACAGCAGCAAGAGAGUUUCUUCGGUAUGCAGUUUCCCAUGUGGCAGAUGAAGUUACCUCAAAAGCCUUGUUUGAAAAGGUCAUUUUGCCAGCUCUGGAAAAUGUACGAUAUACAUUGGAGAAGGGAAGCGAAGAGCUCCUUAUGCCGCAUCAACGAGGUCAUCCUAUUACCUACAACCACUACUUCACUGAAACACUCCAAAAAACUCGUGCUGAUCGCCAAAAGGAAGCUUUCCGUAAAGCUCUUCAAUCAUACUUUGAUGUUGAUACUCUUUCAACCUCUGAGCCUGUUGGGAAAACUGUCAAUCUUCAAGGGCUUCUCAACUCCCUUGUUCAGACAACUAUACCGGACAUGACACGUUUUGCAUCCGAGGAAGCACUUGACUGUAUGCUUGCCUACUACAAGGUUGCACUCAAGCGUUUCGUUGAUGACAUUGCCACUGAGGUGAUAGAAGUAAAGCUUCUGCGUGCAAUUACUACACUUUUUACACCAAUAACCGCAUUCGAGAUGCCUAAAGAAUUGAUCGGACAAAUCGCAGGUGAAUCUGAGGAGAGCCAAAGCCGACGGGAACAAUUGAAUAAAAAGUUGUGGAUCCUCGGGAAGGGGUCGGAUACUUGCAAGCGUUUCGUUGGCAUCAGCGGCCUUGAGUCGAAAAACGAAUUGGAGGCUAGCUUACAAAGCAGUCGACCUACAUUAUCUUCUAGCUCUUGUAGCUCGGUUGAUGCAAUUGACUCUGAACCAGCCGAUGGACGGUCCAGAUCAUGCAGCGUGGAUAUAUAG